AUGAACUUCCAAAACCUCAACUUCGACUUCGUGGAAGCACCUCGACAGGGUCCUCCUCCCAAGAAGCAAACUCCAGGUCAACAGUCAAUUGACGACGACGAUCAAUCGCAACCGAUUCUUCACCCCUAUUAUGAUCUUAGACAACGUGUAGGACGAAACUCAACAAACCCUUCAGCAUCACCACCUGGUGCUCUCUUCUUCGCGCCAUCACCACCUUCUAUGCCACCAUCCAAACUUACAGCCUCAUCAGCCGAGAUCUACGGUCCUGAACGACUAUUUGGUUCUGAGCUUCCUGGUGGCUUCGCAGCACCUACACCACCAACUCAGACGCAACGUACUGUUCCACCUGGUGCUCCUGUCGCCCCUCGGGUUGCACCGCGUGUCGCACCUCCUGUUGCGCCUGUUGCAUCUACUACUCCAGGAUCUGUCCGCUUCGACGAGGCACAAUUGGCCAUGUUCGCCACCGAGAACUCUGCUCGCAUGGCGAGUAUCAAGGACGAGUUGACAAUAGCCGCUGGCAAAGUCACCCCCGGUGUUGAUGAUACACCAUAUAUUCAGUAUGCCCUCGAGGCCCUGACAAGAAACCAUGGUGGUCCAUCUGCGGCGCAUUUCCCCUCUGGCUCUUCAAGGGACUACGAGGAGGAUUACCCGCAACCCAGACGGUAUGCCGACGGAGAGAUGGGGUACCCUCAAUUGAAACACCCGGAGCCAGCUUACGUUGAAGAUCGUUUACCAGAACCGAUCGAGACGCAAGCUCCUCGGCGAGAGAUGCCCGAUACCGCCAUGCAUCGUGCGCCCGCUGCUCGUCACGACGAUCCAACUGCACGCCGCGAUGUAUCAAACCCAGCUCAAUUACCGACUCCUACGAAUCCCUCUGACUCUGAUCAAUUUGUCCAGCGGGAAAAGCCUCGACCCAGAUCUAUCCCUAUUGACCGAGCGCAACCUCCUCUUACUUUCAAGCCCGCCAUUAUCCGACCAGUCUCCAUGAGCAUUCUUGCAUCAUUAUGUUUAAUCAUGAUCGCCGCUCUCAUCUUCUGUGCUGUCUACUCACAAAAAGACGACGGGUUCACUCCAUACCCUGGAAGUAUCUACAGUGGCCAAUACUUUUUGUUCCGAAUACUGCCUCAAAUAUUCGCAGGCAUUAUCCUAAUCUACGCACAAUCUGUUGUUGCUACUUCGAUGCGAACCCUCCCAUUCUCAGCCAUGGCCGAUGCCGAGCCCCGAGCACGAUAUCUCGCACUAUUCCGAAGACUCUAUCCUCUAACAUUCUUGCUGCCAUCAUUCACAGGACCUUGGCAGUUCCAGUUCUUCAGUGUGUGCACAUGGCUCGCCAACUUUACAAUCCCACUUAUGAGCACAGCUUUCUCGUGUAUCUACAAGGAACGCUGGGUUUGGGCUGCAGUUCAGGGCAUCACAUGGACUCUUGUUGUGCUCUACGUCUUGCUACUAGCAGCGACUAUCAUCUUGAUGUUGUUCUGGUUCAACCGAUGGACGGGACUCAUGUGGGAUGUGCGAUCUCUCGGGCAUCUUCUUCCCCUGUUGAGCCAGAGCAACACUACUCGCAGCUAUGAGGGUAUCGAUGUAGUCCAACGAAGCUCCCUGUUCCAGGCCCAGCUCCGAGAUCGCCAUCUUGACAGACUUGGAUACUGGCAGAUGGAUGGCCAGCAAGGCGGCAUGUGGUACGGCAUCGGCUCUGUUGGUGAGGAUGCGCAAGGCGAUCGCAGGACAUACAACAUUAUUCCCAAGAAGGCCAGCUACAACAUCUCGCCGGCGUCGUCCCGGGAUGACCUCGAGGCUGAGGCCCGCUAUGCGCAUUACAGGUACUUGCCUAUCGCCCUGCGCACUCCUGUGAUCCUGGGUUCAGUCGUUUUCAUGACUCUCCUCAUCCUUGCCAUUCUUCUGGUCUCAUUCUUGCCCCAGACCAGACUUGACCAGGGCUAUUUCCCUCAAGUCCCAGCACGACCCGGAAAUGGGGCAUUUUCUGCCGCCAACUUCCUCUACGCCUUUGUUCCUUCGCUCCUGGGCAUGAUCAUGUUCCUUCUAUUCCAAAGCGUUGACCACUCCUUGCGUGUUCACCAACCUUGGGCAGAUCUAUCCAAACCCUCAGGCGCAAUUGCUUCCCAGUCCAUCCUAGCCGAUUAUGCUGCUUGCCUACCCUUCCAAUGCACAUGGAGGGCUCUCCGCAACGGCCACUGGCGUGUGGCGGUAACUUCCUUCAUGGCGACAAUCUUCAUCUUCAUCCCCAUCCUUGUGGGCGGUCUCUUCAUGGCCCUGACCAACUCCCGUGUGCAAGUCAAGAUGUUCCCUAACAUGCCCGUCUUCGGUGUCCUGCUCGCCUUCCUCUUUCUCUACCUUGGCUGCCUUACUCUGAUGCUGCCAGGCCGUCAGGCCCUACGUAUCCCCCACCCCGUCGACUGCCUUGCCGAGCUCAUCGCCCUCUGUACGUCCGAGGAGACGGUUCAUGAUGCCGCCUUCUUGGCAGUUCGUGACACCGCGGAUCUCAAAUCCCGCCUGGGUCUUGAUCGCACCGAGGCCCGCGAUCAGUCAAUGUGGUACUUUGGCGUUGCAGCAGGCCGUGAUGAGCGUUGCCUGAGCGUUCGCCCCAUGAAAAAGUUUACCGAGAAAACGAUGAGAAGAUAA